AGUUAAAAUGAAAACACAAGAGAAACUGCAGGUAAAUUCCUUAAUCAUAGACAUAGGCUGCGACUUGCGAGGUGAGACAGGAAACACCUUAUACCCUCAACUCAACUCAACAAAAGAUCCGUUAGAUCCAAUCGAAUGAAAUCAGUCAGGGGCAGGCCACCUGAUUUUUAGCCACGUGUACCGCUAUUGUCGCAUUGCAAAAAAUUCAACUGUAGCAAUGUGCAAGUGAAACGGUCAAGUUGGUGGGUUCCGUUAGGCAAGCAACACAAAUGGGUAUAUUAUGGAAGAAAGGAAAAACCUGUUUUGCCUCGCUCGGUGUUUGCUAUCCCCAGUCUCCCACGUGGGCUCCACCAUCAAUUACCCCACUAUCAAGUCUUAACCCCCGCCCCCAUUGUCUGCUUAAGCUUUUCUUUCGGCGAUCCUUAACCCUCCCUAUAAAAAUCUCUAUAUCCCACUCACUCGAGUUAACCAACCAGUUUCCUCUCUUUCAUGCUCUGCUAUUCAAAGAAACGGAGCAUGGCAAUGGCAUCCUUCGCAUUCUCUUUCUCUUGCUUCCUUGUGCUACUUUCUUUCUUUGUCUUUGCAGAUGCAGCAGGUACAAUAGGCAUAAACUACGGCCGAGUCGCCAAUGACUUGCCAACACCGGACAAAGUUGUGGAGCUUCUGAAAUCACAGGGAAUCAAACGUGUCAAGCUCUACGACACUGACUCAGCCGUUUUGACAGCACUUGCCAAUUCAGACAUUAGCGUCGUCGUAGCGCUGCCUAACGAGCUCCUCGCCUCCACUGCAGCCGACCAGUCUUUUGCUGAUAACUGGGUCCAAUCCAACAUCUCUCACUAUUACCCCAAGACACAAAUUGAAGCCAUUGCCGUAGGUAAUGAAGUUUUUGUUGACCCCAAAAACACCACCAAGUUCCUUGUACCCGCCAUGAAAAACGUUUACAAUUCUCUUGUCAAGCUUAACCUUUCUUCCAUUAAAAUCUCGUCUCCUAUAGCUCUCAGUGCUUUGCAGAACUCUUACCCAUCAUCAGCCGGAUCCUUCAAACCCGACUUAAUUGAACCCGUGAUGAAACCCAUGAUGGAAUUUCUGCGUCAAUCCGGGUCAUAUCUCAUGGUCAAUGCAUACCCAUUUUUUGCAUACACUGCCAACUCUAAGGAUAUCUCUUUGGACUACGCCUUGUUCAAAGAAAACCAGGGAACGGUGGAUUCCGGUAACGGUUUAAAGUACUACAGCCUUUUGGAGGCCCAACUCGACGCCGUUUUCGCUGCCAUGUCAGCUAUCCAGUACAACGACAUAAAAAUGGUGGUCACAGAAACCGGAUGGCCUUCGCUGGGCGAUGAAAACGAGAUUGGCGCAAAUGAGGAAAAUGCGGCGUCGUAUAACGGAAAUUUAGUGAAGAGAGUCUUGACCGGAAAUGGGACCCCUCUAAGAACGCAGGACCCACUUAACGUUUACUUAUUUGCAUUGUUCAAUGAGAACCAAAAACCGGGUCCCACAUCCGAGAGGAAUUACGGAUUGUUUUAUCCCAACGAAGAGAAAGUAUAUGAUAUACCUCUCACGUUGAAGGAUUUAGGUAACAGCCAAUCAACCCCAGUCAACAGGAACAAUAGUCAAGUCCCGGUGAAUGGUACCAGCGGUGAAGUGUCGAAGACGUCGGUCGGACAGACGUGGUGUGUAGCCAAUGGGAAUGCUGGAACGGAGAAGCUCCAAGUUGCGAUUGAUUAUGCUUGUGGUGAGGGAGGAGCUGAUUGCCGUCCAAUCCAACCCGGUGCGACGUGUUAUAAUCCAAACACAAUAGAGGCCCACGCUUCUUAUGCCUUUAACAGUUAUUACCAGAAGAAGGCCCGUGCUGCUGGUACGUGUGAUUUUGGUGGUACCGCUUAUGUGGUCACGCAGCCUCCUCAAUUUGGAAGCUGCGAGUUCCCUACCGGUUACUGAGUCGACAAAGAUGAGGGGGAAUACAUUGGUGAAUAGCCGCAAAUUUUCUUAUUUCUACUAGUAUAUAGAGAGAUUACAAGGCAUUUCCUUUUGUAUUUAAUAUUACAUGUUAUAUUCUUAUAGUGUAGUUGGUUUGACUAUUUUGUCAAUAGUUUUUAGUCCUUAUCUACUUGUACUGUUUAUUCUAUAUCAUAUGGUUCAUUUUUCUAUGAUAUAAUUAGAAUAGAAUAUGUGGUUGAGGAGGUGGCCUACUAACUACCACCCUAUCUCUUUCUUA